AUGGCCGAUAUUUUUGGGAAUUUGGACAGCUUUUUAGAUAAUUACGAUGAAAACAACAUAUCAUCGAACAGCAUCCUGUUCGAUACAGGACGCGGCAGCAAUGCAAACGAUUCCUUGAGUAAUGACGAUUCUAGGCGGCAAAGCCCAAGAACUGCUGGGAAAAAUAAAACCGUAAAAAAGAAAAGCGGUAGCAUAACGGCUCAAACCAACAACAACAAACGUACCCAAGCCUCUACAGUUACCUCACCUAUGAGUAGCAGUGUGCCAGUCUCUUCAACUCCAGCGCCAGCUCCUUCCGUUGUUGAUUUGACGGCAAUGACGUUACUUAGUGCAGCAGAGGAAAUGCAAUUGCUCCUCCGCUUAUUCGAUUCUAUCUUCAACUCUAGAAAUCCGAUAGUGAAGGAAUUGCUGAAGGACAGAGAGUCAAUGCUGAUAAAACGAAGCUUCUCUACGCUAAACAAUAGCUACAAUAGAAAACCUCCCGUCACAGCAAAAGCACUGAUCCAGUUGAAAAAAAAAAUAGAUGCAGUAAGAAUUAAAUUAACGCAACUAGACCAAAGGAUAAAAUCUGUGUUACAGCCUGAGUCUUUAGAUCAGCCCGCACCGGGCUCAAGUCGGACACGGACUAGCAUACGAAGGAACCAAGUACGUGGGCCGGUAAUUAUUUCGUUGGACUGUGAUGAUGACCCAGUACCGAUGCAAACAACUAAUCUAUUCAGUAGCGGACGAGUUACAAGACGUAGCAGAACAAACGCUUCUAACGCAGCUGAAUCUCAAUCAAACGUUAUAACGUUAGAUUCAGAUGACGAUAGUAUGCCGGAGUUCGUUGGCCAGGUAAACAAUCCCAGUAAAGCAAAUAAUUCGUUUGAGACGGAAAACUAUGUAAUGCGCAUCAAAGUAAAAUGGACCUUGGGCAUCGAGAUGUUCGAGUAUCGAAGGUUUCAAAAAUUUGCCGACAUGUUCGCGCAGCUGGCUGCGAAGGAGUCCGCCGAUAGCUCGUGCAUUUUCCUGAACCUGGACGAUCGCAUAGUGUACCCGCACGACACGCCGGAUUCCAUCAACUACAAACCAAAUCAAUUUAUAUCUGGUCGCAUUUUCAGGAGUAAAGCACCGGGCCUUCCCACUGCAAUGGCACCGUCCGCCAGCAACAAUAACACCAUCUCGUUAAAGAUACAGAUGGAAACACGAAAGCAACCGCUACGACUACAGAUAGACAAGCAGCAAACCAUGUCCGUAUUGGUGAUCAAAUGUGCGGAAGAACUGAAAUGUGCACCGAAAGACAUUAAAUUGUACUUUGACGGUGAGCUUAUCGAUAACAGUUCCAAACCAGAGGAUCUGGACCUUGAAGGAGACGAAAUACUCGACAUUCGUUUUGCAAAGUGA